CAAUUCUUAGCGGUACAAAGCAAGUGAAACGAAUACAAGAUGGGACAAGGAGCUUCAGGUCUUCCAGGUGGCGACAGAAAGAAGAAGGACAAAUCAAAGAAACCGAAAUAUGAGCCGCCAGUAAAGACGAGAAUUGGUCGUAAGAAACGGAAAGGCGGCCCAUCUACUGCGGAGAAACUGCCUGACGUGUUCCCACGUAACAGAUCGAACUUGAAGUUGUUGAAGACGCAGAGAAUCCACGAUCAUUUGCUAAUCGAACAAGAGUACGUUAGCUCUAUGGAGAAUUUAAAGCCGUUUGAGAAGAAACAGAAUGAGGAGCGUGAGAAAGUUGAAGAGAUUAGAGGCACACCAUUAACUGUGGGUACUUUGGAGGAGAUUAUCGACGAUGACCAUGCCAUUGUCAGUUCCACAUCUGGUCCAGAGUACUACGUCACAAUCAUGUCAUUUGUCGACAAGGAGCUCUUAGAACCAGGGUGUUCAGUUCUUUUGCACAACAAGACAGUGGCUAUUGUGGGUGUUCUCGAGGACGAUGCCGAUCCGCUUGUAAACGUUAUGAAAGUUGCCGUUGCGCCAACGGAGACGUAUUCGGACAUUGGUGGUUUAGAGUCGCAGAUCAAAGAAGUUAAAGAGGCUGUUGAGUUACCCUUGACACAUCCAGAGCUGUACAGUGAAAUGGGUAUCCAGCCACCAAAGGGUGUCAUUCUUUACGGUGCCCCAGGUACCGGUAAGACUCUUUUGGCCAAAGCCGUUGCCAAUUCCACAUCUGCCACUUUCAUCAGAAUGGUUGGCUCCGAACUGAUCCAGAAAUAUGCCGGUGAAGGUCCUAAGUUGGUGAGAUCCUUGUUCAAGCUCGCCGCUGAUAAUGCGCCAUCGAUAGUCUUCAUCGAUGAGAUCGAUGCCGUCGGUACAAAGAGAUACGACUCGCAGUCGUCCGGUGAGAAGGAGAUCCAGCGUACCAUGUUGGAGCUGCUGAACCAACUGGACGGGUUCGACGACCGUGGUGACAUCAAAGUCAUCAUGGCAACCAACGCCAUCGAGUCCCUAGACCCGGCCCUGAUCAGACCUGGGCGUAUCGAUAGAAAGAUCCACUUCCCACCCCCAGACUCGGAGAAUCUGAAGAAGAUCUUUGAGAUCCACACCAGGAAGAUGACCCUCUCCGGCGACAUCGACGUGGACAACAUCAUCAGCGCAAAGGAUGAGCUCUCCGGUGCAGAGGUGAAGGCCAUCACCACAGAGGCCGGCCUCAUUGCCUUGAGGGAGAGAAGAAUGCAGGUGACGAACGCGGACUUCAUCAAGGCCAAGGAAAACGUCAUGAAGACAAAGGUGGACGAAUCGCUCGAGGGUCUUUACUUGUAGUAAUAGAUGCGAUGUCGGCUAAUGCUCUGUUUGUAUUGUAUUGUAACUGUACUUUGCCGGUAGGUCGGUACCUGCUGCCCAGGCCUAAGGACACCGCCCAGGCCUAAGGACACCGCCCAGGCCUAAAACACCGCGACAGCUCGAGCCUCCUCUGCCUACUGCGUACACCGCACCGUCUCCCGCGCUCAGCGUAGCGUUCCCCCC